AUGGAAUGUUUGGUGAAAAGAUAUCCAUUUAGAAUCUUACCUAUCUUACCACCCAAAAAAAUUGGAGUUAACGUAUUUUAUUUCACACAUGAUGAAGCAUUUUUGGAGAAACGGCGGAAAGGCUUGGCAAGAUUUUUGAAUUUUAUUGCAAGACAUCCAGUUUUAAAAAAUGAUGAUUUAGUGGAAAUGUUUUUAACCGAACAAACUGAAAUAGCAGUAUGGCGUAGGAAUAAUGCACCAGAUUUAGAUGAAGAGUUUUUUAAAAAAGAAAUUUCAUCACAAAUGGAACAACGCAUACCUGGGGAUUUGAAUGCAAGGUUAGAAAGUGUAUAUAAUAAUUUGGAUCAAUCUAUUGAACAUUACUUAAAUAUGUGUAAUUUCAUGGAACGUAUUGCUCGUUCUCAAGAAGGCACAGCAUCUGAUUAUAUGCGUUAUAGUUUGUCUUUAAAUUCAUUGAUUGAGAAUGAGAAGGAUUGCUUCAUAGAAAAUUGUUGUAAUUGUUCACAGAUGAUGGAUGGUUUAGAACAAGUAUCAAGUCAUUUUCAACAUGCAAGUACCAUCAUGGAAGAUGCUGCUACAUCUAUUCUUGAAACUGUUCUUGAGGAUUUGAAGAGACAUCGAGAUUUACUCUUGUCAUUCAAGGAUACGUUUGAGAGAAGGGAUAGAUUAGUAAUUGAUACUAGUGAGACUCUUAAUAAUAGAAUAUCAAUAAAUCAAGCAAAACUUAAAUCAUUAUCAAGCCAAAAAACAUCAGAUCCGGAAGUAGAGAAAUUGGCAUCUGCAAUUCAAAAGGAUGAAGGUGAUCUUAAAGUUCAACUUAGAAAACAAAAUUUUGUACGUUAUUGUAUGCAUUCAGAACUCAAUCUACUUCAUAAAAGUUCAGCAUUCGUCUCACUUCUAUAUCGAAACUUUAUAAAUGAACAAAUGAAAUACACACACCAACUUUAUAAAAAUUGGGAUGUACUAAAUCCUAAAGUUCGUGAUAUGCCAAUUGAAACCAACGGGUUUGGUUAA